AUCGUGAGCGUCAUUCCAUCGCUUAAAACAAGAAGAGGCAUCAAAACCACAGUAUAUAAUCAAAACAAAUUUUCUGCGCAUUUCGCACACGUGUUGAAAAUUUGUGAAAUUCUUUAAUUUACUGCUUGUAUCAACAAAAAAUAUAGUAAACUAGCCGCAUUCAACGUAGUAGAUAGCUAAAUGAGCAAGAAGAGCAAAACCAAGAGCGGCGAUCUCGGACGCGCGUUAAUAAAAAAUCGUUUCGGACACCAGUUCCGACGCAAAGUGGACAAUGAGACUAUGUUACACACCACCGAAAUUCAGGAUGGCUACGACUGGGGUCGUCUUAAUUUGGCUUCGGUCACCGAAGAAUCUUCCUUUCACGAUUUCCUCCGCACUGCUGAGCUGGCAGGCACUGAGUUCCAGGCCGAGAAACUCAAUAUCACAUUCAUCAAUCCCAAGUCGGGCGUUGGUUUGCUAAGCAAAACGCAGCAAAAACAAAUGGAAGAAAAACAUAUUGAGCAUCGUAAUAUGCUGACAGUGCCACGCCGCCCAAAAUGGACGCCAGAAACUACCGCCGAGGAGUUGCAACGCGCUGAAAACGAAAGCUUCUUGGAGUGGCGUCGUUCGUUGGCGCUCUUGCAGGAAGACCAAGAUAUCUUGCUCACACCAUAUGAAAAAAAUUUGGAAUUCUGGCGUCAGUUGUGGCGUGUUGUUGAACGUUCAGAUGUUAUUGUGCAGAUUGUGGAUGCGCGCAACCCUCUGCUUUUCCGCAAUCUUGAUUUAGAACGCUAUGUAAAGGAAGUGAAUCCGGCAAAAAUGAAUAUGAUCUUAGUGAACAAGUCGGAUAUGUUGACAGAACAGCAGCGCAAGCACUGGGCGGCGUACUUCGAUGCAGAAGGCAUACGUACAGCAUUCUUUUCGGCCACUAUGGCGGCAGAGGAGUUAAAAACAAUCAAUGAAGAAAGUGGUGACGAUCAGAAAGGGAAACAAGAGAUUGACAGUGAGGCUGACAGCGAUAGUGACAAUGAUGCAAGCGACGCGGAUGCCGAAAAUGAUAGUGAAGCGCCUGCAGAACGAGCACGUACAGAAUCCAGCAAAUCUGAAAUGUCUUUGGAUGACGUAAAAGCCGCAGCCAAUGAAAUUAAUAAGUCUCUGGAUAAUGUUGAAAGCUUAUUGAGCAAAAUUGAGCAGAAAAUCGAUCCCAACGCUGCUGCGUCGCAUAAAGAACAGAUUAAAAACGAUUCAAAAGUGCUAACACGUGAAGAACUCAUAGAUUUCUUUAAACGCGUAUACAGUGGUAAAACCUUUACAGCGGAAGUUACUACUAUCGGCUUGGUGGGCUAUCCAAAUGUAGGCAAAAGUAGCACAAUUAAUGCGUUGAUGAUAGAAAAGAAAGUUUCGGUAUCCGCCACGCCUGGCAAGACGAAGCAUUUCCAAACCCUAUAUCUGGACAACGAUUUGCUACUGUGUGAUUGUCCCGGUUUAGUGAUGCCAAGUUUUGUGCUGACCAAAGCUGAUAUGAUACUUAACGGUAUACUGCCAAUAGAUCAGAUGCGCGAUCAUGUGUCGCCUGUGAAUUUGCUUUGUGAACGCAUACCGCGACACGUGCUAGAGGAUAAAUAUGGCAUAAUCAUAGCUAAGCCCAUGGAGGGUGAGGAUGAAAACAGAGCACCACAUUCAGAGGAAUUGCUGCUGGCUUAUGGAUACAAUCGCGGUUUUAUGACAUCCAAUGGCCAGCCGGAUCAAUCUCGUUCGGCGCGCUAUGUCUGUAAGGAUUAUGUAAAUGGUAAAUUGCUUUACUGCGUUGCACCACCAAAUGUGCCUCAAGAGGAAUACCAUGUCUUUCCGCCCAAAACCAGCAAGGAAGUCGUUGAACAAAAACUGCCAAACCAACAACAGCGCGCUAUGCGGAUUAACACAAAAUCCUCUUCAAAGGAGAUCGAUAAGCAAUUUUUCGAUGCCAACAAUAGCAAUGCUUACGUAAAGGGCCGCAGUGAUUUUCCACAUGUGCGUGUUGCCAAUGAUGGCACUGUAGUGAGUGGUCCAGCCACAGAGAAGCCUUGGCGUAGCGUGAAAAAAGAGCGCCGAGAGAAGUUACGAAAAAAGUUUUCACAUUUAGAUCAGCAUUAAUUGAGGACAAGCUGUUGCUAAAAUAUAUAGGUUUUCCUUUAAAAUAAAAGCUGCAUCUCUUAAGAGCAAAUGCAGACUGAGCGCUAAAGGGCAACUUUUUUUUAAUGAAUUAUUGUAACUGCUAAUGUAAGUGGGAUUUGCUUUGUAUAUACAUAUGUAUGAAUAUUAAAUAUUUACAGUUGAUAAGAAUCUAAAAAACGCUGUUUGUUAUACUAUUGCAUUUGAGUGCAUAUGCAUGUAAUUAUGUACAUAUAUGCACGUGUAUGGCUUAAUUAACUGUAUAUGACUGAAAGUAGUUAUAGAAGUGACUUGCUACAUUUACAUCGCUGCCUAUCGAAUUUAAAACGAUUUAAUCAGGCAGUUAUGUAUUUGGUUUAUUGCUGUUUAAGCUGAUCAGCAUUUUUAAUCACCUUAGCGUAUGACAUUUUCGACAUCACACAUUCAUAUAAACGAAAAACAAGUGAUUUUUAAGCUAAUAACAAAACGGAC